AAUAUUGAUCAUAGUUUUGAACCAGAAGAACAAUUUAUUUUUAAUUUUAAAUCCUAAAGAAAAACAACUCCCUAAUCCGAGGAAAAUCCGUGUUUUUCUCGUCCAAGAUUCGUCUAUGUUUUUUCCGAGCUACAGAAGUGGAGCUAAACCGAAAAUAUUCAGAGUUUCAAUUCAGACAUCAAUCAGAUCGAACAGUUCAGCUCGUCAGUUUCCUCUCUGUGGUUAAAGUUGCAAGCUUUUGGAUUAAAAUCAAAUUCCAUACAUACCCGAAUUGUUAAAUCCAGACCAGACAUCUAGUGGAUCAGGUCUUACUUGCUAAGUGCGACUUAGUUACAAUGUCAAGAAGGCCAAAUACGUCCCGUCGUCUGAUGGAUCCUGCAAACAUUCCAUUCGUGGGCUCGUUGCAUCCAAAAUCACGCCCAUCUUCAUUUUUGUCUAUAGGACUUGUGGUUGUGGGUGCAUUGCUCAUUGUUGGUUACCUAUAUCAUGGUCCAGGUGGAAGAAGCAGACUUGAAGAUUUCAAUAGACUCCAAGGUGGCGUUUCGUGCACAUUAGAGCUUCUAAGAGCAUAUCCUAUACUCAAAAAGGCGUACGGUGAAAGCAUAAACAAAGUAUUGCAUGUCGGUCCAGACACGUGUUCAGUAGUCUCCAAAUUAUUAAACGAGGAGGACACUGAAGCGUGGGGUAUUGAACCAUAUGACUUAGAAGAUGCUGAUGCCAAUUGCAAAAGUCUUGUCGGGAAAGGGAUUGUGCGCGCUGCUGAUAUCAAGUUUCGACUUCCCUACCGUGCCAAGUCAUUCUCCCUUGUCAUCGUCUCGGAUGCCAUGGAUUACCUGUCCCCGAAAUAUAUUAACAAGACUCUUCCCGAGUUGGCUCGGGUGGCUAAUGAUGGUUUAGUCGUCUUCUCUGGAAUUCCAGGUGAGCGAAGAGCCAAAAUAGCGGAGAUGUCAAAGUUUGGACGCCCUGCCAAAUUUAGGACCCCGUCGUGGUGGAUAAGGUUCUUCGUCCAGGCCAACCUUGAAGAGAACGAAGAUGCAAGUAAGAAGUUCGACCAAGCAGCAAUGCAACAGUCUUACGUGCCAGCAUGCCAGGUUUUCCACCUCAAACCACUCCAUUGACCGUGCUGUACGUGAUUCCUCGUGCCUUUUGAGUAAGAUCCAAAGCAUCUCUCAGCUCGCUAGUCACCUCGUAACUAUUUGAAUGAAACACUGAAGUUAAGGUUGCUCUUCAUCGGAAGGUUUUUGGUAGGACUAACGAAUGGUGUGUCUAUGUGGGAUAGACACAGUUGUAAGAUAAUAACAUUAAUCCUAUGUAGAUCCUGCGAUUUGUUCGGAUUCAUUUACAAAUUCUUAUAUAAAAUUUUUAGGACUGAUAUUGCAUGAACUUUCGCUUUUUA